UAGCAAUAGAUUAGGUUUUGAAAAGUACGAAAACAUCUCAAGCGGAUUUACAGAUAAAUCUGUACAAUUUCGUCUAUCUAAACUUAUAAUCAAUAACAAAAUAAAGAUAUUGGGUCAGCAAGAAGAUUCUGAUGAUGAGAUGGAUGUAGAAGAUGAGCCAUCUCUUGAAGACCUGAAGGAUAUUCCAGAGAAUGAUCCUAAUGUUCCUUCAGGAUACAGGACUAGACUCAUAAACAGCACUCGUGCAGACAAAUUGAUACAGAAAGGACUCAACUACACAAACAAGGAAGUGGAACAAUUAUUUUAUAGCAGCAAGUUUCUCUAUAAAGGCAAGACAUUGCUCAAAAAAGCAACCAAGAUUAAUGAAGGAGAGCAUAUUGACAUUUUGCAUGCUGAUGCUGAUAAAAACUCGGACUCUCCCUUUUUUCAACGAGUUAAAGUUCUCAAAAUUUACAAGGGGACAACGAAGAAAGGCAAUCCAAAGGUGGCAAUUAGAGUAUGGAUAAAGCCAUUUGAGUCAAAAUGUUGAUUCAUGCUUAGCAAGAGUGUUUGGUUAUACGUGAUAUGGUGUGUAUGUAAAAUUGUGAUAUGUUGCUAACAAAAUAACACGUCAUCUGCUCUGUGCAGCAGCAACAAUAUCAUUUGUGGGGGCUAGUCUGAGGCUACGAUGGUAGCAUAUGACAUAAGACCCAUUUUUGCAUGAUGUGCUUCAAUUUCUAUUGUAUGGACUCAAUUAUUGUUGAAAUAAUUCACCACUUAUAAGGAAUAGCGAAAAAAUGAAUGACAACCCAAAAUACUAGAGUUUCUUU